CCAGAAAGUGGGCGAUGGCUUUGACCCUGACAGACGCGAAACUGUGAGUCACCAUUGUGGGGCAGUACUGAAGUGGAUCUAUUAGCGCUCAGCGUCGUUUCUCAUCAUGCGAGUGUGUUCAAACAUCAAUUUGAACAAAGUUGAAUAGAUCCAUUCUGCUGGAACUGUUGAGAAAUUUGAACCUGCGAAACAAGCGAUUUCUUGUCUCUCGACAAGGUGUUCAGUGGAAAUAGACCGCAGCGGCAUGCAUCGCCGCGGGAUCGCCUACAUGCACUGCGGCGUUCUACAGAAGAACUCUUGAGAUCCAUCAAGCAUACUGGACAUCUGCAAGACCAUCUCUUCAACGCUCGAGGUGUUGAUGAGAAGACGCUUGCUUGCCUUCAUGGUCGUGUUAGUGUCAACCCUGGACGGAAGGACCGUUUGUGUGCGAACCCUGCGCGCGUAUGUUUAGCUCCCUGUUCUUGGGCCAUGUUUUCUUGAUAUCCAUGGCUACCGCAUACGCGCCGUUGGUGCAAAGGCAACCCCGUUCUGCGCGCACUUGAUGACCAUACCCAUAGCCACGGUCUCGGCUAGAAACGUGGUCAUCAUGUACGCCCGGUCUGCGCGCACACACUAUUAGUCUUCACUCCAGCAGAUCUAGAGGACCGUGGCUCUGCGUAUGCCCGAUGCACGCAUAUGCUCUCCUUCUCUACGCCCAGACUCCACGGUUUCAGUGGAAUUAUGGCUAUGGCAUAUGCCCUAUUAGUGCCUACGCUGCUGCAAUAAUUCUACGAAUUAUGGUCAUCUCCACGUGUGCCCUUCAUGAAUCGUUACGAAGCUAGAGAGUCAAGGAAGAAUACGUUCAUCAGACGCGUGAAAGUCAGCCUUUGGAAACUUACUUUUGAAGAAGGAGUUUUGGGACUCGGGCAGUGAUUCAAGCAAACGUCAAAACUCUGGAAAUAACUAGUAGAGGGGCUUUCUGACCGGCUUCCAUGUAGUAUGGAGGAGGUCCAGGACGCUAUCGGAGAUUUGUUAGCCAUUACCCCAAAUUGUACCCAGAUAUCUUCGUGGCUGCAGAGAGCAUGAGAGCUCCCUGUGAUGUGAGGAGUGAUAACCAGUGAGAUACCCAAUUCAUGUCCGGAGCGGACUCCCACCUCGCAAUGGGGAGUAACCGGCUUCACACGUGAUCCAGUCAAAGAGGACCUAGACUUAUGUAGUCAGCUAUCAGAAAGCUCAGGCGAUAGCCGAUUGCCACGUGAUAUGCCUUGAGAUUCCAUCCCUUCGCGCAGGGUCACGCUUUUAAGAUAGGCCUUAUCCGUGACGCCUCUUACUUACCAAAUACUUCAUUUAUCACGAAGCCGCAUAAAUUGAGCUAUGGUCUAUUUAAUUGACACACAAGGAAGGAGAGAUCUUACAAAGCAGGGUACCCGCUAGUUACAUUUAAUGACAGCCUGCUAAGACUCUAUUGGUGGAGCACCGCUCGAUUCCCCUCCCGAGGCCUGCGGAGGUCACCCCGAAUUAUAUACAUUGCCGUCUGAUUGCUGAUACUAUGUACAGCCUUAGAUGCCGACGGACACUAUCGUCGAGCAAAGUUCCGCAGCCUAUGAUUAUAUUCUCUGAGUCUGACAGCACAGAGUCAGUGCCUCGCGGAGAAGGAGCGUAUACACUUGGUGUAGUGCGGUAGAGGAGGCAGCAUAAACGGAAAAGGAUGCACAUGGAGACAGUCCUUGGCGCUGAUCGGCAAACCGUGCAGAGGGCCUACUGUAGAAACCAGUGUCCUUAGUCUUAUUAUUUCAAACCUCAAAAAAUAAUCUGGGGAUCAAAAUUGUUCGACGGCAGGCCUUAGAUAAGGUUCGGACACAGAUCUUUAUCCAUGGAUUGCGAUCCAGAUUUGUUACUAAUCCACAAGUCGUAAUCUGGCAGGGAUUAUUUUUAUACGAGGUGUGGGAUCCAAGGUUUGCUGUUCAAACUCUACCGAAGUCCAUGAUACGUAAUCAUGGAUGGGCUGAGGCAUUGGCCAAAGCGCUAGGAUUCAUUUGUCGCAGACCGGUGACCCCGCAGAAGGGCCACGAUUAUCGGAAACAGUGGCACCUGGAAAUUGCGGCUCUACAGUACCUUGAAAUAAGUGCCUGUUUGAAGGUUGUUGAUCCAGUUCCAUGUUCGCCAUGAAUAGUUUCGAUAGCCACUGUCUCAACAGGAAACGAGUCUACUCCACAGAAGGAAGAUCAGAUUAGCACAGAGCGAGGCUGCCACAGAUGACGAUUUGCAACUUUCUCUGAACACUAUUCCCGCUGUCAAAAGCAAGGUUGCUUAAGCUUGCUUCAUUUGAGUUUGCGGAAUAGCUUUCUACUAGGGAAGGAGAGGGGAGGAAAUUCACAAUUAAUCUGCAGCGAAGUUAAAACCCUCAAUAUUCUCAAUUCAAGAAUAUUAUCAUGGUGAUAAUAUGAGAGCAUGCUAAAUUUAUUAUCCUAGUAAUAUUCAAGGUCGAUAAUAUUAGUAUCUUUUAAUAUAACGAGGGCGAUAAUAUUGAUAUCAUCUACUAUUAUCGAGACAAUAAUAUUAUACCUGCUUCGCUGUUAACACGGACUUUAGAGAUAUAGCUAAAAUGUGCUUAGUAGCAAAUUCAGAAAGCGAUUUGUUUUGGUCUUUUGCGCCUAUGCGUUAUUACUUUCGCUUUAUACCGUAAAUCUCCAGAGCCUCCAGGCAGUCCAUCGAAGAAUAUAGAAAGUUGACUAUGCUGCAAGCCAAGUGAACAUCCAUCAAUCACUACGUCAUCUUUCUCGCAGGAACAACUUUUAGGUUAAAAAGGAAAUUCUCAGUCCUCCUUAGUUGCGGAUAAUUUGGCUAUCUGACUUCCGCCAUAGGAGGUGCGGCGGCGUGGGAGUAGAUGCCAACAGAAGCGCUGCACAUGCCCAUGGCUUGCUUCGAAACUGAUCGCUGCCUAAGGCAUAAAAGUCCGUGCGUGGUACAUUAGUAAUCAAACAUAAACAAAUGCACGGGUGGUGCCGCGUCACCACUCCGGUCAUGAGUUGCGUCGCACAGUGUCCCAACAGGGGAUUCAUAGCCGCUGUUUUCCUGACAUCAAAUUUACCGCUAGCUAUGCAGGACGAUAUUGCUGAGUUACGACGCCAACUGGAGGAAGCGAGACGCGCACGGGAAGAGGCAGAGCGGCGACAGAAAGAGGCAGAACGGCGACAGAAAGAGGCGGAAUGGCGGCGGGAAGAGGAAAGACGCGCUCGGGAAGAGGCAGAACGGCGGCGGGAAGAGGAAAGACGCGCUCGGGAAGAGGCAGAACGGCGACUGCAACCAACCGCUCUGUUUCACCUGCUUGACCGCUGCCAUGAAUAUCUGUCACAGGAGAUCCGAGUCGAGACAGAUGCGGCCUUGACAACCCAAGGCAACGUGACUGACCCAGUGAAUCGACUUUACCCCAAAAAGAUUGUACCUUGGACUGAUUUCCCUAAUCUCCAAGAGCAAAUAUGGGAGAGACUCGAGCGUGCAGUUGACUUUACCUCGCGCCCACUCUUUCCCUCUGAUACCCAGUUAGACUACGUCGCAACGAAUAUCCGGGACAGGCCGAUUUACUCAGAAGCAACUCUACGAAAUUUCGAGCGAGACACUGUGGAUAACUUUGUUGAAAAGAUUAUCGAAGCCUUACAAGAUGAUGAAACUUUGCGACAGGAGUUUGGUAUAGAGGGUCGAGUCGCGUUCUACGACCGCGCGAACUCAACCUCGCUGGAUGACAGCCUGGAACAGAUGCAUCUAAAUGACGCACCUGACGCGCCCCAUCAACCACCAAACACCAAUCGCGGCAGAGGCGGAAGAAAAGGAAAGGGGAAACAGGUGGCACAAAGUCAGAAGAUGGCACAUUCAGGAUGGCGACGCAAUCGCCGGGCCGAUCAGUUCUGUGUUCACCUCGUGGCUGACGAGCGCCAGAUACCAGUUUAUGCAGUGGAGUUCAAAGCACCUCAUAAAAUAAAGGUCGCUGAACUAGUUGCGGGCUUCCAUGAGAUGGACCUGGAACGCGAAGUUAUCAAUCAGGAAGGAGAAACAUUCGAGUUUUAA